AUGCCGCCCAAGCAUACACAGACACGCAAGCGCGCCGCGUCUGACGCGCCACCUAGUGCGAAACGCACUAGACAGGAUACAACAUUGAAUUUUGCGCCCGCGCCGAUCCUUCCCUUGCACGAGGACGAUUUGGACGCGGGCCGCGGCGGCCUCCGUACCAUGGCCGCCGUAUACAAUACGCGGCGGCGCGAUGCAAACGACAGUGGUACUGUAGUGGCACGCAAGCUGUUUGUAUGGGGCACAGGCGAAGCCGGUCAGCUUUCGCUUGGCCCGCCAGACGACGAGAACAUCAACAAGCUCACCAAGCCCAAACCGUUUGGCAACAAGAGCAUUUCGCAGCAGACCGAUGCGGGCGAGCUGGGCAAGGGCGGAGCCGAGAUGGUCGCUGCUGGAGGCAUGCAUACACUUAUCAUUGAUGCGAAUGGCAGGAUCCUGUCCUGCGGAAGCGAUGACCACGGCACGCUUGGCCGGACGCACCGCGAAAACUCUGACGCGACGGAAGACGAAGACUAUUACGUGCUGAAGCCGUUGGACGGCGUAUCGCCGACUGGCGCGGGCGGCACGCUCCGUUUCCGCGCGGCUCGAGUUGCUGCUUCGGAUGGGUAUAGCGUUGCAUUGGAUACCGAUGGCCGCCUGAUCGCAUGGGGUCAUUUCAAGGACGGCGAAGGAAAGGUGUGCUUUUCGGAUACCGACGUCGACGAUGCGCCGCGCGAGCUGUGGACGCCUGCGUUGGUGCGUGCACUGGAACAAGAGCGCUUUGCGCAAAUCGCCUGCGGCGAGAACCACGUUCUGGCUCUGACCCUGGACGGCCGCGUCUACUCGUGGGGCCUGAACAGCACUUCGCAAUUGGGCCGCUUUGCCAACAUGUACCGCGUGCGUGCCCAGUAUACAAAGCGUGACCCUCCCGCGGACAUGCUGCUCACGCCCAGCGUCAUUCCGGAGCUCAAGAACAUUGUGCAUAUCGGAACAGGGCUCAACACGAGCUUUGCCGUGGAUGCAGACGGCCGUGUGUUUGCCUGGGGCCUCAAUACGCGUGGCCAAACGGGCACAGGGAGCAAGAAAGACAAGGUGACGCGACCAACACGAAUCAAGGCCUUGGAGCGCCCAUUACUAGAUGGUGCGCGGGUCGUGCAGGUCGAGGGCGGCGAGUUCCACUCCGUCUUUCUCCUGUCGAAUGGCCACGUUUAUAUUUGCGGCGAUGGCGACGAGGGCAAGCUGGGGCUGCCGCCGGGCCAUCCGCAGGAGCUGCGCAUGCCGGCUCGUGUGCCGUUUCCCGAUGCGCCAGCGUACGCAGCGGCUGAUGCGACCAAGGACGGCCAGAGCAAGGUUAUUGGAGUUGCUGCUGGGCUCCGCUUUACUUUUGCGCUGGGCGCGGAUGGGGCGCUCUACUCGUGGGGUACUACGUCGGAUGAUGCUAUGGGACAGCCUGGAGAAAACUGGGGCGACGAUCAGAGCAAGUCGACCCCGACGCUGGUGCCUAUGCCAGGCGAGCCUGGCGCCUGGCUCGUCGUUGCUGUGACGACCGCCGGCCAGCAUUCGCUCGCUUUGGCGGCUCGUGCGCCAUAG